AUGUGAGUCAGUGCUGAACAUCUGGGAUUGAUCAUAGGAUCACAAACUGAGAAGCAGUCAUCUGGCUCCUAGAAAUAAACACAUUCAGUCCCUCUGCCACAAUGUUACUUCCUUAAUGAUAGAAUGCAACAGCCAUUUUAAGUCCUUUCAAUCUUUUCAGCCACAGUAUUUUUAACUUUUUAGUAAUUUUUACUAUUAUUUUUUCACUUCAGGUGAUGGUAAAUUGCAUUUGACCUUGGACUGGCAGCGUUUGGGAUUGCCCACAGAACUGAUUCACUACUUUCCUCCAAAAUCUUCUGGUGCAAUGGCAGCCUUACAGGUCCAUUUCUUGCUGAUUCCAUCCCUCAUGAGCAUCAUGGGAGCAGCACAGUAUGUGAUGCAGGAUGCAGCCCUGCUGAGCUACAUUGACCAGCGUUUUCUGUCUCUGGAGAAGAGGGUGGAGAAGUGCAGCCAAGACCUGCUGGAAUACUUGGAUGAGUUCAGAGAGUUCUCCAAGGGGGUGCUGUCCCGCCUGGCAAGGCUGAGCACCGACAAGGCUGAGCUUAAGGGGGAAGUGGAGCAUUUGCUCAUGAGGGUCGAGCAUGCCCAGAGGGACAUUGACUAUUUUGGAUCUGUCAUGGAUUCCAAUGCCUGUGUGGAAGUGCACGAGGACCUGCAGAAACAGCAGCUGCUGGAAGAGGCAGAAGAAAAAAAGAGACUUAAACUCAUGCUUAAUGCAAGCUGUGACCAUAUGCUUGUAGGUAUUAGGUCCCUGAAGGUAGUUAAGAAGACUGGAGGAAAGCAUGGCUCUUGGAUGAAAGAUCCUGGCAAAAAGCACGCCAAGAUUUAUUUAUUAAGUGGCUCUGUAAAUAAUGUGGUUUUGGAAUUUGCAAAUAUCAUGGCUUUCAUGGAAAACAACCAGACUCUGAAGGCUCGCAGAGUGCCCUUGCCAGUGCCCUGGGAAGGAACUGGCCAAGUCAUCUACCAGGGCUUCCUCUUCUACCACAGGCACGGCUCCUUGAACGAGAUUGUGAAGUUCCAUCUCCAGAGAAGAGGCAUAGCUGACCAGAUGCUGCUGCCAGGGGCUGGGAGGAUUCCUGCCUACCAGCUCUCUCCACAGACAAAAAUAGACUUGGCUCUCGACGAGCAGGGGCUGUGGGCCCUCCAUGCAGAGCCAGAGACCGGGGGGAACAUUGUCCUCACCAAAAUCAACCCCGUAGCCAUGGCCGUGGAGCACAGCUGGGACACACCCUGCAGCAGCAGGGAUGCUGAGGCAGCUUUCAUGGCCUGCAACACCCUGCACGUGGUCUACAACUCUCCUUCUGGGGGCUCCUCCCGCAUCCAAUGUGUUUAUGAUGUUUUGGGUGCUCUGAAUGCUCACACAAACCCAGGACUGCAUUUCCCAAAACGCCAGGGUGGCCACUCCAGCAUACACUACAAUCCUAAAGAGAAGCAGCUCUUCGCUUGGGGUGAUGGAUCCCAGAUCCUUUACAAACUUCACACAGAGCAGAAAGUUUAAAACCUUUAGCAGCUUUUCAAAAAGCUUUUUCUAAAAGCCACCAGUCCCAGGUCAACAGAUUCUUUUAAUAUGUAUUAAAAUUGCAUUAUUCCCUGCUGAUACAACUUUCAUCCAUUUUACAUAACUUAAGAUUUAUGUAUCCCAGUAAUCUUAAUGCCCAAUAAAGAAUAUGUGAAGACUGAA